CUUAGGCCAAUACAUUACUAGAAACAUUUUCUGCACGACAAAGGCUUUUGACUUGUUCCCGGCCCGCGCAACGGGGCUGAUCACUGAACACUCAAACUCGGUCGUGUUCAACAAGAGGCUUGUCCAUGGCCUUAGCCACAAUCGUUUGAGUUAGCACGAUAAAGCCUGGUUGCGAGGGCAGCCCUCGCGGUGCAGCUCGGUCCCCGCGCGGAGUCUCGCGUGUAGCGCUGGGAGCCCAGCAUAAACAUCGUUGCUACUUUUUGAGGACGCUGUUGGCGUCAUCGGGAGUUGCGCGCUCUUACUAUGAAGGCUCGGGCGGUGUUUUUCGGCCUGGUGCUGCUGGGCUGCGUGGCCCUCUUGCCCGCAUUUUCAGCUGCAGCGGACGCUGCUGCAGCUGAUAAGCCUGGGGUGACUGCUUCCGGAAACGUAACUGCUGCUGCCACAACCACAGCUGCGGUGGAUGCUGCGGACGCUGAAGCCGGCAAGGCUGCAGCAACAACAGUCAAGAAGGAUGCGAAUGCGGGCAGUGCAGCUAUUGCCAAGGCUGCAGCGGCUGCUGCUAAGGCAGCGGCUGCUGCUGCUGAGGCUGUGAACGCAGCGGUCGAGGCAGCGGCAGACGAGCAGCAGCAGCAGGAGGAGACUACCGACAAGAAGGCUACUAAGAAGAAGAAGAAGGCCGCUGCUGCCGAAGAGGAGGAGGAGGCUGCUGAGGAGGAGGAGAUGGAGGAGGAGGCUGCUGCUGACGACGAGGAGGCAGAGGAGGAGGAGCAGGGCGCAACGACCGAUGUGAACGCUGCAACCACCGCGACGACAACCGCGGCCGCUGACGCUCAGGCUGACAACGCUAAGCCCGCAGAUACUAAGGCUGCUGACGCUCAGCCCGCAGACACUAAGGCAGCUGACGCUAAGCCUGCGACGGAGACUAAGCCAGCUGCCACGGAGACUAAGCCAGCGGACACUAAGGACCAGAACAAGAAGCAGCGCGCUAAGGCUCCUGCGUUCCAGAAUAAGGUGGUGGACUUCGCUCCCGCCGCGAACGUCACUUUUGGCGACGACAUUGACGACGAGGGCGAGUGCAAGAAGGAGAUCGAGGAGUACUGCGACGACGUGGAGGAGGGCGAGGGCCAGCUGGCGGACUGCAUCAGCGAGCAGAUUGCUGCCAGCGAGGUGCCAGAGGAUGGCGACGAUGUGCCCGACAUCUCGGACGAGUGCCGUGAGGAGGUUUUUGCCUACAAGGUGCAGCGCAACAGCAACAUCAACGCCAACGUUCCGCUGGCCAAGGCGUGCAAGAUUGAUGCGGAUAAGUUCUGCAACGUCACCUGGUUCUUCGGCUACAAGUCUGGUCAGGUCAUUGCCUGCCUACGUGACGUGAAGUCGCAGGUCUCUAAGCCCUGCAAGCAGCAGCUGUUCAAGGUCAUGCUGGAGGCUGCGAUCGACAUUCGCGCGGACCCCAUGCUGUACGAAGCUUGCAAGGAGGACACUGAGACCCUUUGCAAGGGCGUGAAGAACGGUGGCGGCCGCAUCCAGGCCUGCCUGCGUGACAAGCGUAUGCAGCUAUCAUGGGCAUGCGAGGAGCAGCUAUUCCGACAGGAGAUGGAAAAUGCAGACGAUAUUCGCUUGAGUGUUCGCCUGUUCUCGAAGUGUCUGCCGGACAAGCGCAAGUUUUGCAAGGACAUUGAGCCCGGUAACGCGCGCACCAAAGACUGCCUGGAGGAGCACCGCGAGGAGCUGUCCACCGAGUGCAAGGAUGAGGUGGACUCCAUGAUUGAGCGCCGCGUGCGCGACUUCCGCCUGGACUCGCGCCUGCGCAACGUGUGCGAGAAUGAGAUCUUCAACAUGUGUGCUUACUUUGGGGAUCUGGACGACAUCGACACGUACGACUCGUCGGUCAUCAACUGCCUGCAGGACUACUCAGGCGAGAUUAAGAACGCCGAGUGCAAGUCCCAGGUGAAGAAGUACCUGCAACUGGCGGCCCAGGACAUCCGCUUCGACGUGCCUCUGGCGGAGGCGUGCUACGAGGACCGCCAGAAGUACUGCGCCAACGUGCCGCCGGGCUCUGCUCGCGUCAUCCGCUGUUUGAGCAACAACCGCGACAACCUGAGCCCCGUGUGCCGUGCCACCCUGUUCGAUGAGGAGGUCCGCUUCUCAGAGAACAUCGACUUCCAGUACCCCAUGAAGUCAGCCUGCAUCAAGGAGAUUGACCGCUUCUGCAAGAACAUCCCCCACGGCGGCGGCAAGGUUAUCCGCUGCCUACAGGACAACAAGAACAAGAAGGACUUCGGCAAGGCCUGCGCCGACGAGGUCAAGGGCUACGAGCUGGAGAUGUCCAAGGACUACCGCUUCAACUUCCGCCUGCACAAGGCCUGCCAGAAGGACGUGGACAAGCUGUGCCCCGGCCUGUGCCAGGCUAAGGACGGAAGCCCGUGCGGCGGCAAGGUGCUACGCUGCCUGACCGACAAGAUCGACGACAUUGACGACGAGGCCUGCAAGAAGGAGGUCUACUACUACGAGAAGAUGGAGGUGUCCAACUACAACAACGACAUCCUGCUGGCCGAGGCCUGCCGCACCGACGUGGAGAAGUUCUGCAACAACAUCGAGGCGGGCGAGGGCCGCGUGCACAAGUGCCUGCGCGACAACCGCAAGAAGCUGUCCGACACCUGCCGCAAGGAGGAGCUGCUGCUGGAGGAGAAGGAGGCCGAUUCCAUCGAGCUCAACGUGUCGCUGCUCAAGUCCUGCAAGGCCGAGCGCCAGCUGUUCUGCGACGCCGUGCAGCCGGGCCAGGCGCGCGUGUUCCGCUGCCUGGCUGAGAACAUGAACGAUGCCGACUUCGGCAGCAACUGCAAGUACCAGGUCAUCAACAAGCUGCAGCGCCGCCAGGCCAACUGGAAGCUGGAUCCGCCGCUGCGCAAGGCCUGCAGGAGCGACGUGCUCACCUACUGCGCUGCUGAGGACAGCGCCAUCAGCGAGGACGGCCUGGUGUACAAGUGCAUGAUCAAGAACUUCGAGAUGCUGAGCGAGGGCUGCGCCAAGGAGGUGGGCCGCGCCGUUCACAUGGCCUUCUUUGUGUGGCAGCCCGACGCAAUCAUCACCGUCGACUGCGACGACGACAUCAACCGCCUGUGCCUGGCGGAGCGCCCCAACAUGGCCUCGCGCGCCGGCGCCGUCGGCACCUGCCUGGCCACCCUGCUCGAGAAGCAGGACCGCGGUGCCACCGCCCGCCUGCUGCAGGCCGUUACCGGCGCCUCUGACGCCACCGGCGGCAACCCCAAGCUGCUGUCGCCCGCCUGUGCCCGCCUGGCCGACAUUGCUGAGCCGCCCAACAUGAAGCAGGCGUUUGAGUCGUCGCUGACCUUCGCGCUGCUGAAGGACCAGCUUGAGAAGAUUGAGAUUACCACCGGCAUCCCCACUGUUGUUCGCGACCGCAAGGGUAACGCCCAGGGCGUGAGCUUGACCGGCUGGAUGGCGAUGCUGGGCAUGACCGCGAUGAUUGUGCUGGUCAUCUUCGGUGCCUACACCGGGUACCGCCGUUUCCGUGGCGAUUCUGAUCGCGACUACACGCUGGUGGUGAAGCAGCAGCACCCUAAAUAAGUGUUUCAAGAGCCGCGGUGAUAGGCACACCGCAUCUCAGACUAGGUGUUAACUAGGUGCUUUUAGACAGGUUCUCGUUUGUGUGGAUUCAGCUAGCAUGAGGUUUAGCACGUGGUACUGGUGUGAAGUGGCUGGGGCUGAGCGGAUGGCGCGGUGAUGAGCAGGCGCACCCGCUGUGGAUGCGUUCGGGUGGAAAUGGCGAUUGAGCACCAUUACGCUAGGGUACCGAGUCCUGACUGCACUCAGCAGGCUCGGGUGGGCAGCACUGAGGAUAGAAGCCGCAAAGUAGGACAUGGGCGUGCCUUGUCCGGUCGGGUGUGGCCCGCACCGGCGUCAGUACACAGGAUAGGCGUGCGUGGACUGUGACUUGAUCGCGGUGGGCAGGGCCGUGUCGGGUGGGGCCCUGCUGCAUGGUUAGCCGCGGGCGCUCAGCCACAACUCUUAUCUUACGAAGCUCAGGCACGUAUAAGCUCACUGUCUGAUCCGCAUGUUUUGGGCCGGGGACUCCACGGAACAGCAUUUAAAGCUCGGCUGUC